AUGCAAUCCAAAGAAGAACGCAGUUCUAAAAGACUUAGUUUUAACCUUUCAAAAGAUAACAACAUUUCUGAUGUUAUAUCAGAAAGCAAUGAAAUUAAACCCAUGAGAGACCUCUUCUAUCUUUUAGAAGAGGAAUUAAAUAAAGAACACAGACAUUGGUGGGACCUCACGGCUUUGGAAAAAUAUAUAGAGGUAAAAUAUGUCCCCAGAGGACUAAGGAUUCUCAAACAUUGCUCAUUUAAAGAUGACCCUGCACUUUUACAAAAGUGGUAUGAAGCACUCAAUGAGUGCUCCUUUAACUUAAUAAAGAUUUUAAUUGAACAUAGACGCCAACUCUACAGUCAGAGUAGUACUAAUAUAGAGAAGAUACAAACAGAUCUCAGGGUAUACCAACAAAACCCUGAUUACAACAAAAUUUUAAAAGAAAUAAAUGAACGCACUGACAGAUUUCAAGAAAAUAUUGUUCAGAAUAAAAACAAAAAACUACAAAGGGACCAUGAAGAUUACAUUAAUAACUGUGUAUAUACCUUCAAUCGCAAAGACAAUACAUUGAGAAAUGGUUCUAUACACCACAAUCACUUAGAAGCAAGAGGGGUCCAUUCCAAUAGGAAUAACAACAACUAUUACAGACAACCACAAUCUUUUCAAAAUCGAUCUAAUUUGGAUCAUUCGACCCAUUACAAUACAUCUAACAAUAGGACUCCUAUAUUUAAUCCAGAACAAAGAAUACACAAGGAAGGCCAAUACAGACAAAAUUGGUCCUCAUCCAACAACAGAGUUCAGCACAAUUAUCCCUCUUCUAAAGGGACGCAUCAAUCACAUUUUUACCAAUCACAAAACCACCAUCAACUGCCAAAUAGAGAACAAACUUUUAAUACCAAUAGAGAACCAAAAUUUAGACAUCACAACACCAAAGAUUCUCACAACAUGUCCUACCAGUUAGCCCAAACAUAUCAGCAUAAAGAUGCACAUGUCACUUCUUACCAGGGAAACACCUGGAAUUACAACAGUCACCAUAGACCUCAGGGUGACUACAACAAGAGACUAGAUCGUACUGACUAUAGCGACACAUCACACCAUUACAGACAACGAACCACUAAUACACCAAAUACUGAGUUUUGGAAUAAUCAUGAUAAUCCACAGACUCCAACAACACAUAUUGAACAAUAUGAACAUAACAAUAGAUUCAGUCCACUCCUAAUGAUGGGAGAUGGGGAGAGCCCCAGCACCAGCCACAACCCACCACCGCCUUUUUUAGGGAUAAGCCCCAACACCAGAAUGGAAAACUUGCAGGCAAGGCCGGCAAAAAGACCCCAUACAACAGAAAACGAGGCAGGAGGGGCAGAGGCCUUACCGCCAAGAAAGCGGAAUUAUCCAGACUAA